CUCAUAGUUUUUAGGAUGAUGGUACAGUAGCAGCAGUGGAGCAGUUGUCAUGUCUCCGCGGCGCCGGUGGUGGAGCUGUGAGUCCGCCGAGCACUGAACUCUAAACCCCCGCAGAUCUGUUUCAAUGAGAGCAGAAGACAACAUAAUAUCGAAAGUACAUUAGUGGAUGCUUUAUCGCUUCACCACCUCAGCAGGGAACAGUAUUCAGUAGCAUAAGGAAUUCCGAUGAAUACUCGGUGCAGUUGAUGAUCUGUGGCGUUUAAACAGCGAGACCCCGUAGAGGCUGAACCCACUGCUGCUGAUGUUCUCAGGGACCAGAGUCACGUGAUGUACGAAGGUAAACACAUCCAUUUCUCAGAGGUGGAUAAUAAGCCGCUGUGCUCCUACAGCCCCAAACUCUGUAAGCAGCGCAGACUGAACGGAUACGCCUUCUGCAUCCGCCAUGUUCUGGAGGACAAAACGGCCCCGUUUAAGCAGUGCGAAUAUGUGGCCAAGUACAACAGUCAGCGAUGCACAAACCCCAUCCCCAAAGCAGAGGAGCGAAGAUACUGUAACAGUCACCUACAAGUGCUGGGCUUUAUCCCAAAGAAGGAGCGCAAGAAGAAGCAGGAUGGUCUGGAGGAGGUCCGCAGCCGCGCUCAUGUGGAGUCGGUGGCUUUGAACAUCACGGUUCCCUCUCUGGCUCUGCGGGACACAAACGGCCUGCCCGCGUCCCCGCCCUGCUCCCGCCUAACCCCCAUGCCCCUGCUGGACUCCGACCUCCUCGACCCCUUCGCCUUUUAUGAGGAGGACUCGGAUGUGGAGGAGAGCCUGCUGCAGAGGCCUGCACAGAGGAGCUCCAGCAAGAGGAAAGCGUCCAGCACUCCUGUGAUCGGCCUGAGAGUCACCGCACGCGACCUGGAGCCAGACAUCGAGCACUUUAGCGCCGUCACUGAAUCCUGCACACUUCCCAGCUCCCCUCCACCACCUCCACCUUCUCCACCCCAGCCCUCCCAGCACACAGAGCGGCCCACAUAUGCCCCGCUCGGGACAGUACAGACUCUGCUAUGCAAGCCGGCUCCACCUGAGAGCGCGUCGUCUGUCCCGCUCCCGCCGGCUGGGCUCCAGAAUCAGCCUGUGAUCUGGAGACCUGCAUCCCCUCGGCCGCUGUCUGCUCAUGACUGCCCGCAGCCUCGCUCUGUGGCCCUGCGCCCCGCCGCCUUCACUGCGCCCCCUGUCUGCCUGCUCAGGCUACAGCAUCUGGUGCAGCUCUAUGCGAACAGACAGCGGGAGCAUGGAGACCUGUUCCCACAUCUCGGUUUAGACUGGUCUGAAGACAGUGCAGAUGAUGAAGACACAGAGGAGCUUGUUCCUUUAUUGCCUCAGGCCUGGAGACUUCAGGAAAGAAGCCCCCAUCAAAGCUCCUCCAGUGACAAGCCUCUGUCCCGGCGGGCCCGACUGGCUCAGCUCUGCUCGUACCUGCAGGAGAGAUAUAAACACCUGUGCCGACGGGACCGAGCCGCCAGCCGGCACAGCAGAUACCGUUACGCCUUCCGGAAAGCACUGCUACAUGCUGCUAGCAAAGACCCCGACUGCACGGCACAGCUCAUUCAGAAACUCAGCAGGAGCUCGCAGACCUCCAGCUGUUCAAGGUCUGCAGCUCCACACAAGUAUGAAAGGACAGCGUGUACGGGAAGCACUAAGGGUCAGAGCUGCAGCAACACAGCGCUGCCAUUCUCACGCCACUGUUUUCAGCAUAUCCUACUGAAUCGCUCUCAGCAGCUGUUCUCCAGCUGUACGGCACGGUUUGCAGACGGACAGCAGUGCUCAGUCCCUGUGUUCGACAUCACUCACCAAACACCUCUCUGUGACGAACAUGCCAAGAAAAUGGAUAAUUUCCUGCGUGGAGACGGCCACAGACGCAGUCAGCAGCAGCAGCAGCGACGUCCACGAAAGAAGACCAAGCCACCCGCGCUGACCAAGAAACACAAGAAGAAGAGAAGACGAGGUCCACGCAGACCACAGAAGCCCAUUCCUCCAGCUGUGCCACAGGGCAAUUUACUGAUGCCCUCGCUUUCACUGCCCACUCACCACGCUCACGUCAGGAGUCCGUCAACUCCUGAACUCAGUGCAGACGAGCUUCCUGACGACAUCGCAAAUGAAAUGCCCGACAUUCCCAACGAUCUCGAGCUCAAUCAGGAAGAUUUCUCUGACGUGCUGCCCAGAUUACCCGAUGAUCUUCAGGACUUUGACCUUUUUGAGGGUAAGAAUGGAGAGUUGCUGCCCACAACAGAAGAGGCUGAAGAGCUGGUCAGAGCCCUGCAGGCCAUGGGCUCGUACCCCGACUCGCUGGUGUGCUUGUCCUCAAUAGGAGAGCUGACGCAGGCAGAUGGGGUGGACCACCGCACCAUGGCCACCGUGUUCUCGGGAUCAGGAGUCACACCCGCCGGCAUCGGAGACCUGCUGAACGGUAGAAUCACAUCUGAAACUUUCCCCAAUCUAGACCUCCUCCACGCCCAAACAGACCACCAUUUCCCAUCAUCCCCUUCUCCUCAGCCCACUCAAAGCAGCGCGUCCUCCACAAGUCCCAGUAGUGGGCUAACAGAACGAACGUUUCCUCGAGCACCCAAACCGGACUCCUCUCCGCCAGGUAGUCAUUACAGCAGCGAGCACGUGCCAUCGCCCUACAGGGAUCACAUCUCACCCCCACACGGUGCCUCUUUUCAGACCGACCCGCCUCUGCUUCUGGAGGUGCCUUUGAGUGGAGCACCAGGACCUCCGCGCACCUCCUGGAAUAACCUUCCUCUUUCACUUACAGACCCGGCGCAAUUCGGCAACUUGCUCACUGCAGAAACGCACCUACUUUCCACGGCUUUGUCCACCCCGCCAUCUACAUCCCAUUGCUCCGCAAUCCUGCAGCCUUCCUCAUCCUCACCCUCCUCAAGGGAGCCCAAACUACAGCUCCCACAAUUCAGCGCAGCCUUCGGACACCAAUUGGCUUCCCACAGCGGGAUCCCCAAAGACCUGCAGCCCAGCCAUAGCUCCACAGCGCCACCUACAGGCUUUAGCAUUACUAGCGCCACUGCCGCCACUCCACCGUUCCCUCAGAGCAACUGAGUCUCGGUAGAAACCCAUCCCAUCUCAUGUUUUUGAGGAACACUAAACUUUAUAUAGAGUUCAAACAGUUACCAUUAUUUAUCGAUUCAGCCGAUCAGUUUAAGCUUAGCUUAGCAUAGAUCAUUGAAUCAGAUUAGACCAUUAGCAUCUCCUUCAAAAAGAGUUUCGAUUAUUUUUCUGUUUAAAGCUCUCCUGUACUUGUUUACUAAGACAGAUGGAGCAAUGAUGCAGUGCUGUUUUCUAGUUACCUAGCCUAUUUUCAGGUGCUAUGUAAUACUAUUGCGCUGCUGCAGCCAUGGUGCGGCAGCAGAGUUCCUUGAUUAUUACGCCAGAAUGAGAGUAGAGCUCCUAUCCAUAUCGACCUAGAAAAUAGCUACUUUUUAUUGCCCAUCUGUCUUAAUACAUGACGUAACUACAGAAGAUUUGAGCUUUUAAAUUGGACAAAUAUCGAAACACUAAUGCUAAUGGUCUAAUCUGAUUCAAUGAUUUAUGCUAAGCUAAGCUAAAAGUGUUCCUACCAAACCCAGAGCUGCACUGAAUGGAUUAAAUAAUGGUGAAACUCCACAGUUUAACUCAAGGGGAGCUGUAUAAAGAGCAUAAAGGUGUAGUGUUCCUUUAAGGGGAUAGUUCACUCAGAAUGGAAACUCAUCAUUUACUCAACCUUACGACUAGAGAAGUUUUAGAUGUUCACACUCUGCUCUUCACCAUGAAAUGAAAAACACAUAAGGUCUGUCAAACUCCAAAGAUCUCAUUUGUGCAUGUUUAAUCUGAGAGGUGACACGUCUGGCAUAUUUGCCUGUUUAUUUGCACACAACUUUUGACAUCUUCAAGGAUUAAAGUGAGUAAUGACCUGUUCAGAAUGCAAUGGUGCGAAAAUUAAGUGCGCAUUAUUUUGAUCGCAUGGCUGUAAUUGUGUCUGGUUAGAGCGACGCAAGCAUUUGCACACUGUCGUUAUGACAGAUGUUGAUUUAUGAAGAGGUGUUUUAAUCUCUCGCACUGAAAGCUAAACAGGUCGACCCUAUAUUUUGCACUUUCGCUCACCGAGCUAACAGCCCAGAGCUGUUACAUAAAACGGAGGAAUAGGAAGAAUCCACAGCCAGUUCUCUUGUGUCUCUAUGAAAUAUGAAGAUGCUCUUUCACUUGUAUUUUUCUGUGGGUGUCAGUAAUGGAAGUUGCACUGCAAUUCUGAGCCAAAAACAACUUUGAGAGUAAAAAUGUUGAGCAGUUGAGAUUUAUUUUGAGUGUUAUUUACCAGUUGACCUGACGUUUAAUUUUACCAUAUGAAUUCCAACACUGUAUUACUUCUAAUAAUGCCAUAUAGUUUAGCGCAAAGCUUUAGGUGACCAGAUAUCACAAAUAAGACAAGUGACAUGUAUUUUUAGAUGUUUUAAUAAUGUUGUUCUGCUGAUAUAACACUGAUUUAGCAAUUAUUUGAGAAGGGAUUUCUGAAUUCAGAAAGUACUGCAUUGUUUUUUUCAUCAUACCUUUUAAUAUUAAUAAUUUCACCUUGCUAAAAUUAUAGUAAACUACUUUUUUUUGGUCACAGAUGCCAGAUUGCACAGAUCCUGGCCUCAGUAAUGUAAUUAUUAUAAAAAUACACUGUUUUGUCCGGUAUACUUGAACAUAUGCUGUUAUUGAUUGGUCUGUUUUAUGUACUGGUACUCUGCAAUGAAAUACAGAACAAAACAUGUUUUUAUAAGUCAGGACACUAAAAAUAGAGCUGAAAUAUAGUGUGUCUGGUCACUCAAAGCGAGACUGUAAUCUUCUGAAGAGUAUACCGAGUCUUAAAAUAACCCAGUUUAUAGUAAAAACAUCUCUGGGCUUUGAGCUUAUGCGUGCAUUUAAAAAUGCAACAUUAUAAUAAAAGCUGCAAGCAGCAAUGAAAGGGACCUCGGUGUAAAUAAUAAUUUAAGCUGAUACAUAUAAAAAACCUGAGAAAAUUACAGAUUUCUGCCAAACUUCUUCCUGUCAGCAGGUGGCGCUAUGACUGUGACUCAAUAUUGGCAUGUAGAUGUGUUCAGGAAAGGAAUUUAAUCAACCAUGUAAAGUUUCAGGCUGAUCAGACAUUGUGUGGUUAAGUUAUAAGGACUUCCUUUUCCAUGGCAAAACACUGAGGUUUGUCAUGCGGCCUGUACGCCUUUCUGCGAAAACUCUAGAUCCUUACAAUAUAUCAUCGCUAGAGCUUUCAGAUAACACCAGCCAAAUUUGGUGCUGAUACGAUAAAAUUUGUUGGAGAAGUUACUUACAGUAUAAAACAUGUCAAUUCCUGUUGCCAGCAGGUGGCGCUACAACUGUAACUGGAUAUUGGCAUGUAAACGUGUUCAGGUCAGGACUGUUAUCAAACGUGUGAAUUUUAAGGUAGAUCGGAUAAUGCAUGGCUGAUUUGUAACAACUUCCUGUUUCAUGGCAAAUCAUCAAAGGUUGUGAGGCCGCCAUGGACAUGCCCUUUGACGAAAACUCUAGAUCUUCGCAAUUUAACAUCGCCAAGGCCUUUAGAUGAUGAUACUUAAUUUUGGUGUUGAUCGGAUGAAAUCCCUUGGAGGAGUUCGUUGAAAUGCAACUCCUGGAAAUGGCAAAAACGCCACUUUUUUCGGUGGAGGAAGUUAAAAAUAUCUGACUUCCUUUUGGGUUUGAGAUUUCGGUCCAAGAGACUUUUUUUUUUUUUUUGUAGGUAUUGGCAUGUUUAACGUGUGUCAAUUUUCGUACGUGAAUAGUAACUCCGGGGCCAGUCCCUCAAAAAUGCAUUAGUGGCGAUGUCGAGUCAAUUUGCCACGCCCACUUCCAUAACCUACAACAAACGUAAAUUUCGCAACUUCUUGGGCGUGUGCAAAGUUUCGUGAGUUUUCGGGCAUGUUUGAACCCUCAAAAUCGCAAUUCAUUUCAGAGAAGCAGAAGAAUAAACAGAGCAAUUCCAAAAGGGCCUACGCACCGUUUCUCUGCUCGGCCUCUAAUAAAGAAUAUUUGAUUUUAUUUUAAAUAGUCAAACAUAUUUUCUUAGCUAACAGGAGUUCUGACAGGUGUAACAGAAUGUUUUAGGCUCUUGCUGACUGUGCUUUUCCAUUAACACCCACCUGAAAUUGCAUUUACCCUUAAAUAUUUUAAUUUAGACAAACCUAAUUCAUAGCUAGGAUUCCAUCCAACUACUUUAAUACACAUUUGGAUUGUCACGUUAAAGAAUGCUUAAUGUAAACAACACGUGCAAACAUUUUGAAAAUGUGCAUUAAAAAACACAUGCGGACAACUGAGUAGGAUAAACGUUAUACAGUAAGAACAAAUGUGCAUGCACGCUGAUGUUAAUGCAUUUAGUGACGAGAUGCAUUAAUGCAGUUAAUGCGGCAGAUGUUUCCAGCUUUGUAAAAGAUCUGAACUGUCUGGAAAUCUCACGCCUCUAAAAGCCACCAUUGCAUUUCGUCUUCGGAGGUGCAACUUAUUUAUUAGAGGAGAAAAAACAGAGUGGCAAAUCCCAACAGUGCAUCAAACUGCACUACUCUCAACAAUAUUUAAGCAAGGUUAUCAGGAAGUGAAGAUUUUGUUCUCUCUUGUUUCUAAUUGGAUGGAAAUGCUGCUUUAUUCGCAAAUGUUUUAGGCAAUAUUCCAGUUCUGAAGGCCUGCUUGUCUUAAAUGUCAAUAUGUUCUUAACACAUGCCUGUCGCUCGAAUUAGGACUUGAAAUAUGGUGCACAAAUCAUAAGGAACAUGAUGCUUUUUUGUCACAUUUUGAGUUUGACAGAUCCUUUAUAUGCAUAUAGAAGAGCAGCGUGAACAUUCUUUAAAACAUCUCCUUCGGGUUCUUCAUAAAUAAGUCAAAGGUUUAAUGGGGUUAUUUUUUUGGGUGAACUAAAUCCUCUGUUUCUGACAUCACAGACCAGCCGCAGAUUAGAUUUAAUACACACAUCUCUGCUGUCCGUCAACAGUGUCUAUCCUCUGUUUGUUGUUUGAGUGACCCGAGUUGUUUUCAAUGCUUUUCCACCCAAUGGUGCUAGGUGAUGGAGCCGGUGCUUAGUUUGGCUUAAAGUCCACUUUAAAUCUAAAUGUACAAUGUGUAUUUUGCUAGCGCACAUUGUUAUUCUUAUGCUGUGUUCACACCAGACGCAGAACGUACCAAUAAAUGCCGUGAUAAUUUUGAGUUUACUCACUUCACAAUAGACGUGGAUUUGCGACAUGGGCAGGGCUUCUGUCUGCCCGGUGAAUCUAGCUUUGUUGUCAAAUGGCUAACAUUGAUUUUAUUGAGAGUAGCUGUGCUUUAUGUGCUUUAGGAAGGCUGAAAAACACCGUAGAUUCGUCCGGCGCCAUGUCUCAGUCCAUUAGAUCCUUUCAGAGGUGCACCAGCGAGUUCUGAGUUCAUCAACUCCUCCAGAAACUGUAAAUGGAUGAUGGAGGCUUUCAGCGGUGCUUCAGAUUGAGCCGAGCCCAGUUUGAUAGGUGAACAGAUGUUAAUAGAAUAGAUGAAUAGAUUCAAUCGUUGUCAUGUGUUGACAAGAGGGUUUUCUCUUGGGACACCAACAACAGGCGCUACGUCACAAUCACACCCCUACAAGAGCAAGCUCCUGAUUGGUUAACGCAUCAAACUAAUGCAAACAAAUUAAAUUGUCUCAUUUGCGAAAAUCGUGGCACAGGAUGUCUAUCACAUCUUUGCAUUGACUUAACAUGUAAAUCACUCGCACUUGACGCUUCAUCCAUGUCUGGUGUGAACGCAGCAUUGAGGUGAAUAAGGAACCCGUGCAAAUUAAUCCAUUGGAAAAAAAACAGUUUUGGUAAUCUUCAAUGAAAAUCUGAGCAUUUGUUUCUGCGUUUGGCUAUUAUCAUAAGUUUGCGCUAUAGGGAAUGGUGUGCAAAAGAAAGCCCCACCCCCUACUCAAUAUUCAGUUUCAAUUGGAAGCACUUCAACAUGCUGAAUUAUAAGUCUCAGACACUUCCAGUUCAAGUGGACUUUAAGAGCCAACCUGUGUUUUUACAUACAGAUUUUAGAGCCAAAUAAAGAUCUUCUAAAUUUACUACAUUCCCUGUUACCACUCAUAGGGUCAAAACGAUUGAUUUUGGCAUUAAAGGGACAGUUCACCCUAAAAUGAAAAUUGUGUGAUCAUUUACUCACCCUUGACUCCUUUUAAAACUAGUUUGAGGUUUUAUUUUUGGUUCUGUUAAGCACAACAGAAGAUAUUUUGAAGAAUGAUUGAAACCACCUGUGUAACCAUUAACAUCCAUAGUAGAAAAAAAACAUACUAUGAAAGUCAAUGGUUUCCACCAACCUCUAGCAUAUCAUCUUCUGUCUUUAGCAGCAGAAAUAAAUAAAUUAACAAACACAAACUGGUUUGGAACAAAUAAAUCGUGCAUAAUUUUCAUUUUGGGGCAAAUUGUGCCUUUUAAAGUGUCAUUUUAGCUCAAUUUUAGGAAUUUACAUGAGGAAUUUGUUCAGAAACUGUGAUCAGAUCACCUUAGAUAAGUGACCAUCUAUAAAUGAACAACCUUACAUGGUCUUUAUUAGGCAUAACCCCUGAAACAUCUCCAGCACAGCCCUCAGUUUAUGUGUGAAUCCAUAGUUCGGCUUGUAAUUAGGACACAAAUGUUGUAUUACAGAAGCACACCAAUCAUUCAUGGGUUUAUUUGUUGCUCCGUGUACCCAGCCUGGACUGCUCAUGUCAUAAGGUUAACUAAAGCAAUAAUACCCCCAGCAGAGCAACCCAUGCCAGUCUUCAGGUGUGGCUCAAUCCCAGCAUCCUCUACUUUUAAUUCACAGCUCAACUGUUUGAUUGACAGCAAAGAUUGAAUCAACACUGACAUGGAACUCAUUCAGCGAAGAGCAACACAGAACAAUAGCAACACUCUCUGCCAAAUACAUGGGUUAUGAUGUUUGUUCUUCAUGGUGCUUAAUCAGUUUGGGGUCUUUAUAAUGCAAGAGCCCUUGGCGGCGAGAGUACAGAUGGAGGGUUUAGAGUAGAACCCUGCGUUUCAGAUAUUUGGUGCAAUUUCUUUGGAGAACGGUUCGUGCAACCUGAUGGUUCUUCUCCAGACUUCCACAGGAGUGUCAGGUUCAAACUCAGCCAUUUGUUUUUUUUAGCCACCGUCAGUCAGCCUUACGCCACGCGGGACCAACGUUCCCUCACAGAUCUCAUUAUGUUAUGACCAUAAAACCAAGGUUGUUUUCGGUAGAUAUUAUUAGACGCUGAACGAUUAUCUCGUAUAUUGUCGAGUAUUAAAUCUAUUUAUAGAAUAGAGAACUCUGUAGCAUGGGGUUUUUAUGGGUUGAAUUGAGUGGCGAAAGAUGUUUGCGAAGCUAACAUGCGUGGUGGAACUGAAGCGUUUCGUGGCGUGCUGUUUGGUAGUUUUAAUGGCUAUCAAAACGAUCGUGAUGACGACUCAUUUUUAUUGGUUUGAUGUUGUGUAUCUGUGUCAUUUAUUCAGACGAAGAGACUGUGAUCGUGUGCAACAGUAUUUUUGAUAGCUAUUAAAAAGAGUCAGUGGCCGUCGAAGGACUUCAAAUCAUGACCCUUAUGCACACUUAGUCUGAUCACGCUAGUCUAAAUAAUAGUUAAACAACGGAUCUCAGUCAUGAAAGCCCAGGAGAAUUAAAUUUUGUUUACUGCUACAUCCACGAACCGGCUGCAUCGAAUGGAAGUUCAUAAAACUGUGGUCGUUGAUGCACUUUAAUUUGUAAAACGAAUAAAUUGUGACUUUGAAUUAGUUUAAAGGGGUUCUCUUAUCCAUGCACUUUGAAAUGUUUAUGCUUUAUAAUGCCUACCGAUGUUGUAAUCAAAGUAAAGCGAUGUUCGCACAAAGAAUGAUCAAUAUAAUAAUUAUAGCGGUAACUAUAUUUGGUCCUCACCAGCAGACCAUAACGAUCUAUUUUUUCUUGUUUAUUCUUUUUUUUUCUAUUGAUGUGCUUCAUUUCUAGUGAAACUGACCAGUGAAUCCCGCUCGUGUAAUUGGUUUAAUCAAACAGUGAAUGUUGCGAUCGCAGUCAGCAAAUAGCUAUACUUUUAAUUUUAUACAUCAAUUUACAUAAAUUGCGUAGCUUCCAUGUCAAUAUUUUUAUUCCCUUCCAUGCUAUUAACCUUAUUCUGCAAUGCGGAAGUGCACUCGUUUUUACGAUUUACCUAUGGGAGAAAUAACUAGGAAUAUUAGAAGGCAGAAAUGGUUGACGACUUGAUGCCAAUACAUUAAGUGUGUAUAUGACUAUACAUAAAAAUAGAAUAUAAUAAUAAAAGUUGAACAUCAAGCAGCAUAACGAGCUGUUUUAACGUCUAACAAUCAAUGGAAGUGAGGCAAAAUAGAUUCCGAUGGCUGCGCCUGCUCAUACGGGAAGAGUAAGGUUCACUAAACCAAUUGUUUACUAGAUGGUCAUUGUCUUUAAAUGAUCUUUAAAAGAUCUUUUAACAUCAGACAAAGAUGCUCCACGAAGUCGCAACCUGUAGCCCUUUAUAUUGCGAUGGUUUCUGACUGUCUAUUUUUUUAAAACAAUAUCUUACGGCAAUUCGUAACUUUUUAAUUUAAUGGGUAAUUCGUCUGAAUUUGUACAAUCUCAUUCAUACAAAUUAGUACGAUUUGUUCAUCAGACCAUAACAAUCAAUUUAUUUUUGUUUUUUUGUUUUAUUUUUUAUUUUCAUUGAUGUGCUUUGGUUCUAGUGAAUCUGACCAGUGAAUCCCGCUCGUGUAAAUGAUCUAAUUAAACAGUGAAUGCUGCAAUCGCAGUCAGUGCAUAGCUAUACUUAAUACCUGAGGUACUUUUAAUUUUAUACAUCAAUUUGCAUAAAUUGCAUAGCUUCCGUGUCAAUAUUGAUAAUUCCCUCCAGUGCUAUUAACCUUAUUUUGCAAUGCGCAAGUGCGUUUUUUUUACAAUUGUUUUAAAACUGCGUAACCUAAGGGAAAAAUGACUAGUAAUAAUACGGCAGAAAAUUGUCUAACGAUUUACUUUACGAAGUGAAGUAGACUAGAAGCCGAAUAGAUUCCGAUGGCUGCGCCUGCUCAUACGUGAAGAAUAAUGUCAAUAACCAAUUGUUUAUUAGAUAGUCAUUAUCUUUAAAUAAUCUUUGAAAAGAUCAUCAAAUACAGAUGCUCCACUAAGUCUGAGCCUUUUAUAUUUCAGUGUUUUCAGACUGAAAGUUUUUUGUAAACGCUAUCUCAUGGUAAUUCAUAACUUUUUUUAGUUUAGAUGUCAAUUUGUAUGAUCUCAUUCGUACAAAUUAGUGCGAUUUGCUUAUCCCCCAUUGACGGUUGGGUUUAGACGUGGGGUGCCACGCCUACUUUUAAAAAUCGUACAACUGAACUCGAAUUAUAUAAAUAAUAAUAAUACAUUUUUAUAACAUGCUUUUCUUAGACCCGAAGCGCUUACAAAACAGUAAAAAACAACAAAGCACAUUAAAACAGUAAGGAAUACAGUAAACAACAAAAUUUGAACGAAUUAGCCACUAAACUAGCAAAACGUAAAAUAGAUAUGUUGAGAUUAAGCUGGAUAAAUGUGGAAGUUUGAUUAAUAAAUGCUACGCCAGUAUUAGCUCAUGUUAGUACAUUAACUUAUGGAUGUUUUAUCGAUAUCUUAACGGCAAUUCGUAACUUUGAUUUACUGGCUUAUUCGUAUGAAUUUGUAGGAUCUCAUUCGUACUAAUUAUUUUGAUUUGCUUAUCCCCCAUUGACGAUUAGGUUUAGGGGUGGGGUUUGUAAAAUGUAAAAUGGUUAUGUUUCCUCGUGGGAUCAGGCCGUUUUUUUCUUUUUACCAUGUAUUAGCUGGGGAAAAAAAUCGUUCUGAAAGUAAUCCCAACAUUAUCGUUUUUCUGCAUCGUUAUCGUUAUAAUAGUGAUCUGAACUCUGCUAGUUGAUGUUUUUAUCGUUAACUUUAUAGUUAUCGUACUUUGUGUAAACGUGUCUUAAAUUGAGGUGCAAGCUAAAAAGGCUCUGCCCUCUUUUGAAAAGGGGGCGGAGAACAGCAGCUCAUUUGCAUUUAAAGAGAAACCUUAAAAGCAGUAUAUAUUUUUACAUCAUCCCAGUGGUGAACGUAUUCUCAAAAAUAAAUAAUCGUCAACAUUAACAGAACACUUUCAUUUUUUUAAUAAAUAAAAGACUUUCUGCUGGGGUUUCGUGAUUGAGAUCUGGAUCAUGUCUACAGGCCAUUACUUCAGGUUUUGAAGCAUUCUCAAUGAAGUGAAAGUCAUUUUUGUGGUCAUCACCUUUAAAGCUGCUGCACGUUCUCCUCUUCUCCUGAUAUUUCCGAACAGGAGCCGUCGUUGGUUACUUCUCCCACCGUUGUUCAUCAGCUGAAAUGUUGUGUGCGGUCCAUGUUUUUUUUGUACUGUGUUACUACUGUGUGCUGUGUGAAGGCCAGGCAGUCCGCUGCACAGAGAAAAGAACCCCCCCCCCCC